AUGGCAUCCAGAAUAACGCAAGCCCGAUCCCUUCUUCCCGAGUACAGAUCAAUAUUACAAGCCUUCACGCACUCCUCGUCCAAAUUCCGUAUCGUCCGAACCAUCAACCCAACAUCAGCCCCGCCAAAGACGCUGUAUAUUCUUGAUUCGUCCUUCAACCCGCCUUCCAAAGCGCAUCUGGCGCUGGCCACUUCUGCGAUAAGGCACCCUGCAGCUUCUGAUGAGCGGCCAUUUAGGUUACUGCUCCUCUUCAGCACACACAAUGCGGACAAGGCGCCUAGCCCGGCGAGCUUCGAGCAGCGGAUGGUGUUGAUGACACUGCUCGCAGAGGACCUGUCAGAGGCUUUAAAGGAAAAGGCACAGUUGAAAUUAGAGUCCGGGAAUGCGCAUACCGAAGAAGCUGGGAACAUCUCGAUUGAUAUCGGCCUCACCAAGGAACCCUACUAUACGGACAAAUCGACGGCUAUUGCACAUUCCUCGCCUCCUGCAUACCCCUCGAAUCCCGUACAUGUGCAUCUUGUUGGAUACGAUACUCUCAUUCGCUUCUGCAAUCCAAAGUAUUAUCAGAACUAUAACCCGCCUCUCUCCGCCCUCACCCCUUUCUUCGAAGCCGGUCACAAACUGCGCGUCACACAGCGACCCUACGACGCCAAUGAUGCAUCGUCGACGGCGUUUGGCACAGUAGAAGAUCAGCACAAGUAUCUUCAAGAACUAAAAGACGGCAAACUCGAAGAGGAAGGAUUCAAGAAGGCUUGGGCGCAUCGAAUCGACAUGGUGCCUGCCGAGGAAGGAAUUGGAAUCAGUUCAACUAGAGUACGUCGAGCCGCGAAAGAGGAGGAUUGGGAGCUGGUAAGGAGGUUGUGUACGGAGGGAGUGGCCGCUUGGGUGCAGAGCGAAGGGCUGUAUGCUGAGGAUGCUAGUGGACAGAAGAUGAUGAGCUAG